UUUCUUUUUCUUGUCUUUCUAGUUUUGCCAUAAAUCUGGGAAAAGAUCCGAAGACUUAUCUGCUGCACUUUAAUGCUCGAUUUGACCUCCACGGAGACACCCAUAAGAUAGUCUGCAACUCAAAGGAGGACAACGUCUGGGGAGAGGAGCAGAGGGAAGAUGUCUUCCCCUUCCAGGAGGGCUCAGAAACCACGGUAUGACGACACUG